UUUGUUUUUCCCAGGUGACAACCUCCAGGUCUGAACAGUGAAGCAAAUGCUGAAGUGUCUUAAACCUGCAUUCUCUCUAAUGUCCAUCAGGUGGCGACUCCUCUGGUUGUAUAUGCAAAAGUGCAUAUCGUAGAGACUGUAAAUCCCCUAAGACAAAUUUUGUUUAUGCUUAUCAUGUAUUUACUCAUACAACAUUUUGGAGGAAAAUAUUGCGCUUUCAAUCAAAACAAGAAAAACUUAAUUAAUUUUAAAGCUUAAGCUGCCUUGCCGCCGAGGAGCUUUCUUACUACCCCAGCGACCUCUGCCAGGAAUAUGGAUGAGUCUUCCCCCCGAGCCUUCAAACUCUGCCUCCUCCACGGAGCAUGUGUAAGUCGGGUUCUGGAGUUCUUCAAAGUGUUCUUUCCACCACUCAACAAUAUCCCAUAUAAUAUGUAGUUCUCCUCCUCUGCUGAGCACAGUCUGAGACAAGCCCUGCUUUCCCUGUCUGAGUCGUCUCACGGUCUGCCAGAACUUCCUAGAGGCCAAUUCAAAGUCCUUCUCCAUGGUCUCCCAGAACUCCUCCCACACUCGGGGUUUUGCUUCUGCAACCGCCUCAGCUGCAGCCCUUCUGGCCAACCAGUACCUGUCAGCUGUUUCCAGAGACCCCUCGGCCAGCCAAGCCCAAAAGGCCUCCUUCUUCAGCUUGACGGCUACCUUCACCACUAGUGUCCAUCAGAGGGUUCUCAGGUUGCCGCCACAACAUGCAACGAUUACCUUCUGACCACAGCUCUUCGCAGCAGCUUUGAAAAUGGCUUUGAAAAUGGCCUGCUCGGAUUCCAUGACCCCAAACUUCUGCAGGAUGCACGAGAAUUUUUUCCAGAGGGGGGAGUUGUAGGACCUCAUGGACAGGGUCCUCAGCCAGACGUUCCCAGUUCACCCUCUCCACAGGCUUGGGUUAACCAGGUCCGUCCAGCAGCCUUCCCUGCCAUCUGAUCCAACUCACCACCCGUUGGUGAUCGGUUGAAAGCUCUGCUCCUCUCUUCACCCGAGUGUCCAAGACAAACGGCUGCAGAUCUGAUGAUACGACCACAAAGUUGAUCAUAGCUCUUUGGUCUAUUGCGAGUCGAUCAUAGCUCUUUGGCCUAUUGUGUUCUGGUACAAAGUACAAUUAUGAACCGCCCUAUGCUCGAACACGACCACGACCAAGUUCCAGAGGUGUUUGAAAGUUUUAAUCAUACUUAGAAAUGCUUGCGUUUCAUGGUCAAUUUAAUUUUAAAGGUGAUAUAGAACAACAAGUAAUUAAUCUCUGAGAAUCUGCUAGGUGUCCCCAACAGAACUUGAGACUUUUAGUAUGCAUGUGUUCAUUUGACUGCCGGUUACAGUCCGUGUCGGUGGGCGGUGAAUUUUUUUAGGACCUCUGAAAGUCGUGACUUCCUCUUUUUCUGAAAGAAAAAGGAAAUAAAUUAUAACCAACAAGAGUUUCGUCAUUUUCAUGUAAUUUGUGCUGCAGAGCUCACCCUAGGAAAUAGCUGGCAUCCUCAAGAGCGAUGGAGGAAAUCUAUGCCAACGUUGAAUAUGCCCAACCUGUCGACUCAAACCCUUUGACCAAUCAGACAGCGAUGAAGGAAAUCUACGUCAACGCUGAAUAUGAAAAAUCUCAAGUUUCCUCAAAACCUUCAAGAACUCACACAGGUCCCAGCAGCUCAGAGAUCAGAUCUCAUAGAGCUGUUGUUCUCUCUCUGGGGCUGCUGAGUGUUUUCCUGCUGGCUGGACUCGUCGGUCUCGGUGUCCACUACCAUGACUCAGUGCGUGGAUCAGCUGCAGAUCUCUCCACUAUCAAAGCCAACCUGACCGAGCGUCUCCGGGUCAUGGAUGACAAGCUGUCCUCCGUGUCCGAAGAGAGAGACCAGCUGAACGACAACCUCACUAAAGUGACCAAAGAGAUGGAGAGACUUCAGCUUUCAUCUCAACAGAAGAAAUCGUGUCCUGCAGGGUGGAUACUGUUCAGUAGUUCCUGUUAUCUUCUCUCUGAAGAGUCUGCUUCCUGGGAUGAGAGCAGACAAGACUGCAGAGACAAAGGAUCAGAUCUGGUGAUCGUAGACACGCUUGAAGAGCAGGAAUUCCUCAGUAGCAUCAUCAGAAAACUCACUUGGAUUGGUUUAAGUGACAGAGACAACGAGGGCACCUGGAUAUGGAUUGAUGGAACUCCACUGAGUGACACUGUGAAGUACUGGAAUGAACCGCCUAAUAACGGUGGAGGACAUCCACAGUCGGGUGAACAGGACUGUGUUCAAAUAGUAGUUCGCAGGAACCCUCGAGGAAACUGGAAUGAUCUGCGUUGUGAUAAAUCUCGGCAAUGGAUCUGUGAAAAACUGGCUUAGUAUUUGAAAUAUUACAUCUGUUAAAAGUUAUUGUGAACAUGCAAAAGGCCUUAAAUGAUCUCAUGGCGUGUGUGAUGUAUAUAGAGGGAAGGAGGCAUGUAAAUGCUUGGUGGUCGGAUAUCGAGUUCUCAGUAUGGUUUUCUUGCCAUAAUCAGCUGCUUUUUACCGGGAAAAUGAACCGCAGGAGGCCGGGAUCUUUAGCAUGUAUCUGUAUACAUGUGCUGAUGACUAUCGUAUGCAUAGAAACCAAGCUGCACAUUAUACUGAAUAGAUACUAUAAUGAAGCUUGACCCUGAAAUAAACUUA